AUAAAGAGAAUUUAGUGUAAAGAAUGUACUAUCCUACCAUUGGUAGUCAUCUACUUGGCCUUUGAGUUACAGAGUAUUUAAGCAUUUCGAAAAAGUUUAUCUAACAUUCUAGUAAAAAAUGUGGAGGAUCACAAAGGAAGACUAAACCAUCAUGGUUCUCAUUAUGUCUCUUCUAAAGGAGCAGGAAACAAUCUAUUACAAGCCUAGCGUUAACAUAUUAGUCCUUGAGCUUUUACUUUUGGAAAGGUGCCAAGCAAUGUCCCUUGGAAAUUAGUCCCCAAGGAUGAUGGAAUGUUGCAUUCUCAGCAACCUCCAGUAUAUGAAGUGCCGUGGAAUUAUUAGGGUGAGAGGCAAGGGAUAUUCAGCUCUGCUUAAGUUCAUAGUCGCUCGCAGGUAUUUUUUAGAGAUAUAACUUCCUCUCAAAUUUUGCAUUUGACGAGGAACUGAACAAAAUUUGAAGGUUGAUUUACCUCAGGAAAAAAAUCCGUGACAAAAAUGUAAACAUUAUGCAUUUGAAAGGAAAACAAUAUUAUAUCACAGAAAUUUUCAUCUCCUUAAAGGCUUUAUUUUAUUUUACUUUAUUUUUUUGAAGAAUACUUUGAGCUUGACAAAAUUCCAGGCAGGUAAUAUUGGAAGAAAAAAUUUUCACCACGGUUGGCUCACUGUAAGUAUUAUUCUCAAAAUUAGAGGGUUUUAGGUCAGAUCAUGCAGCCCUGGUGGUACAGUGGUUAUACGCUCGGCUGCUAAUCAAAUCCUCAGCAGUUCAAAUCCACCAAGUCAACCUGUGGGAGAAAGACGUGGCAGUCUGCUUUCGGUAAAGAUCUACAGCCUUGGAAACCCUGGGGGGCACGUGGUACUCUGUCCUCAGGGUCACAAUGAGUCGGAGUCAACUCCACGGCAACGGGUUUUGGUUUCUUUUAGGUCAGAUCAAAUAAAAUGGAGACAUCUACACAUGCCUUACCCAUAAGCGACGCUAGGGUUUGUGGAAACAGACUUAUGGAGUUGGUGGAAUCAGCUGUAUAUGAGCAAUUGUUUCAUAUUUUGGAACUAUAACUUUCAGAGGGUAUUUUAUUUUCAAUAGUCAAGAAAACAAAAUGUCUUCUGGAAAUGAAUAUUCUGUGGUCUCCAAUUUUAAUACAUCACAGUAAAGACUCCAAAGGUUGAAGUUUCCAAUCUGUCUUGUUUUAAAUGACACUGAAAGCAAAAGGACAGUAAAUGAUGGAUUAAAACUUUGUUUCUGUCACUGCUUACUACACGUUUAGAAUUUUUCUUCAGGUUGCUGAAAUUAAUGAUAAUUAAGAACAUAGUGUUAUGAGCGUGCUUUUUGUAGUAAACCUAACGUGGUAGAAUCACAGAGCCAACAUUUACUCGCUUUUACUUUGGAUAAAUUACUUAAACUUCUGUGCCAAUUUUCUUAUCAAAAAAUGUGAGUAAUAAUAACACCUAUGGCAUGAUAUUUUCAUGGAGAUUAAAUGUGUUAGGAAAGGGAAGCCUUGAGAACACUGGUCAUUUCAUGCUAAUUACAUAAUAUAUGUUACUUUCUGAUUAUAUAACAUUCCAAUGUCCAUUUACACCCCUAUUUACAUAUAGCAAUGAAAUUAAGAUUUUGUUCAGUCAUAUUUUGUAAUCUACUCUGUAUUACCAAUUUCUAGAAACACAGAACUGUUCUUUUUUUCUUUUUUUUUUAAUGCCAGAUCAUUCAUCCAAACAAAAACCUGUUUGAAGUCACUGGUGCUAAGUAUUAAUUUAAUCUUCUACAGUUUAGAGAAAUUGCAUACUAUGAGUAGAAGUAAUAACACAAACGUGUCUGACUUCAUCCUCAUGGGACUGACAGACUCUGAAGAGAUCCGGCUGGUCCUCUUUACUCUAUUUUUCCUGAUAUACCUGGUUACUCUGCUGGGGAAUACAGGGAUGAUACUAAUAAUCCACCUGGAUCUCCAGCUUCACACCCCCAUGUAUUUUUUCCUCAGUCAUCUGUCAUUCCUUGACCUCAGCUACUCGACGGUCAUUACUCCUAAAACCUUAGAGAACCUACUGACUUCAACCAAGGAUAUUUCAUUCAGGGGCUGUUUCACCCAGCUUUAUUUUUUUGUCUUCUUGGGUGCCACUGAAUGUUUUCUUCUGUCUUCUAUGGCCUAUGAUCGCUACGUAGCUAUCUGCAAUCCUCUACGAUACCCAGUUAUUAUGUCCGUGACACUCUGCCGCUCCCUCAUCACUGCAUCCUAUGUGAUCGGCUUCAUUGACUCCUUUGCCAAUGUCCUUUGCAUGAACACACUGCGUUUCUGUGACUCCAAUAUAAUCCAUCACUUUUUCUGUGACAUACACCCAAUUUUAGCCCUGUCCUGCACUGAUACACGUGAUACUGAGAUCAUGAUAUUCAUUUUUGCCGGCUCUACCUUAGUGGUGUCUCUUAUCACAAUCUCUGUGUCCUAUGCAUCCAUUCUCUCCACUAUCCUGAAAAUCAAUUCCACUUCAGGAAAGCAAAAAGCCUUCUCUACCUGUGCCUCCCACCUCCUGGGUGUCACCAUCUUCUACGGUACCAUGAUUUUUACUUAUUUAAAGUCAAGUAAGUCCUACUCCUUGGGAAAAGAUCAAGUGGCCUCUGUUUUUUAUACGAUUGUGAUCCCCAUGCUGAAUCCACUCAUUUAUAGUCUCAGGAACAAAGAAGUGAAAAACGCUCUCAUUAGAGUUAUGCAGGAGAGAGAGCACAAGGCAUGUAAGAUGACAGUGAUGUUCCCUUUUUAA